AUGUCGGUGCCCAGCGCUCCGCCACCGCUGCUGCUCGCCGCCGCCGCCGUGCUGGCGGUGUCGGGCCUGCUGGCCUGGCGGUACAGCAGGCGCCGCCACUGGGUGCCCGUCGGCACACUGUCGGCCAUCAGGCUGUACCCGCUCAAGUCCGGGGCGGGCCUCCGGUGCCAGCACGCCCAGGUGACCGCCUUCGGGCUGCGCUCCGGCCCAAAGCUCGACCGCUGUCUGGCGGUGGUCUGCAACGACACCAUCCUCUGCGCCAUGUCCCGCCGCACGAUCGUCCUGAUCAAAGCCGACCUAGACGACGAUUCCGUCACCCUGUCGGCGCCGACGAUGACGCCGCUGCGCGUGCCGCUACCGACGGAGGGCAAUUCUGUGGUGCAUGGGGAGCAGUUCGGCACGCACAACGCCGGUCUGGACCUCGGCGAGCAGGCGAGCAAGUGGCUCAGUGACUACUUCGCCGACGGCAAGGCUUACACGCUGAUGUAUUUCCGGCACGGUUCGGUGCCGGCGCGUCGCACUGUCGACAUACCGAGGCCGUACGCGCGCUUCGCGCAGCCGUCCGACGUAGCCGCCUUCCAGAACGUGACGGCACUCUCCGUGGUGUGUGAAGCGUCCGUAGACGAACUCAACUCGCGCAUGGAGACGCCAGUGACGCUGGACAACUUUCGGAUGAACCUGACUGUCGCCGGCGCCGCUCCCUUCGCCGAUGACGACUGGGCAUUUGUGCGCAUCGGGACUGCCGUGAUGCGACACAUCAAGGCGGUCCAGCGGUGCCCCAACACCUGCGUGGACCCGCGCACUGGACAGCGCAGCCAACUCAUGGAGCCGCUGCGCACGCUCCGCACGUUCCGCUUGGCCAAGACGAAGGAGGAGAAGGCGAUGUACAAGGAUUCGCCACUGCUGGGCAACGCUCUGGGAGUGGAUGUCGAAGGCGAUAUUAAUGUAGGGGAUACUGUCUACGCGCUGAUGAAAUGA